AACGGCGGGCACGGAAACUCGGCCGUACACUGACUGUCUCAGAACACCAUCACUACUCGCCCACAACCCUAGCAGACGACGCCUUCUGAGCACGGGGUGUCGUCGUCUGCUCAGAUCUCUUCUUUGACUUUGUGGCGUAGCUUUGUCAUCGAGGCCUCCAGCGUGGUUUUUGCUGUGCUAAACAACGAAGAAAGAAAGGGCCCUCGUUUUCCAACAGCGGGGAAGGGUGUGCACGGCGACUUGAAAAAGGUGGACUCGGGGUGAAACGUCUUCGAGCAUCGCGUCAGCGUUGCGCCGCGCACAACGCGGUGAGCGACGCGUGGUGGGUGAUCGGUGAUGGUGCAGAUAAAGGAAAAAAACGGAGACACCUUCGGCGAGAAGGAGUUCGUCGUCAUGAAGGAUAACAUCGAGGAGUUACGCAGGAGGAUCUUCGAAGAGGCCGAGAGGGACCCAGACCAGUUUCAUCCGGCGGACGUGCAAAAGAUUGCCGACUGCGAUGAACUGUGCCGAAGGUUCAUCCGCCACAAGAAGCUCAACCUGGAAGGCGCUUUCGAGAUGGCGAAAAACGCACUUAUCUGGCGCAAGAAGUUUGAAGUCAACGACAUCACAGAGGCGACCUUGCCUCCGGUCUAUUUUGACUUUGGCGCCAUGUUUCCCCUUGGCAAAGACAAGUACGGGAGCCAAUUAAUCUACCACAGGGUGAAGCUGCAUCGCAAGGACGCACGUAAUGCGUUGCAGCACCGGCGCUAUCUGGUCUUUUGGGUCGAGAAGCUGCUGUACGAGAUGGAAUGCGUGCGCCUCAGCUUCGUCUUGGACCUUGCAGAAUCCGGAUACGGAAACAUGGACAUGGAACUGAUUGGUUUCCUGAUCAGCCUUUUCAAGGAGUACUAUCCGUGGGCCCUAGGUUUCAUCAUGGUGUACGACAUGCCCUGGCUGUUCAACACGGCUUGGAAAGUGGUCAAGUCCUGGCUUCCAGCCGAAGGCAUCGACCGCAUCAAGUUCGUCGACAGGAACACCAUCACAAACUACGUGUCUCCCGAGAAUCUGCCCGACUACAUGGGCGGCACGCAAAAGCUUCCCUUCCGGGAGUACACAUGGGACGAUGUAGACUUCAUUAUCAACGUUGCCAGUCCUGAAGUGAUUCGUGAGCGGAUCCCGCGGACGCCAGCCAUCGAGGAGUUCUACCGGAGUCAGUUCGGCAUGUUCACGGUGCGCAGCAGCGCCGACACCGACGACCACGCAGCGCUCAUCAAAGUCGAGCCCGAGACCGACCUUGUGUUUGGUGCCGACGAGCCUGACGUCAACAAGCAUGUGGGAAGCCUGGUGCUCACCAACACCUCGGACAGCCACGUCGCGUUCAAGAUUAAGACAAACAACAUCGACGGAUACAAGGUGAAGCCUUUCUUUGGGAUCAUUCCACUUAACAGCACCGUGAGCGUCAAUGUGGCCCAAAAUCCAGGCUCGGAGUUCCACGCAUCGGACAAGCUGCUCAUCAUGACCACGGGGAUCGAGACGCUGGACAUCAGCCCCCGCGAGCUCAUUGACCACUGGAGAUCCGUCGCUAAGGACAACAUCAAAGAGCACCGUCUCCGCUGCGUCAACGUGUCGGGCACGGCCUCCAACAAGCCGACUUCCGAGCUGAAAGACGUGACCUCGCGAUCCGGAACCACGGGCCCGCGCCAUCCGGGCAUCGGCAAGGAGAAGUCGUACCAGUCGUUCUGUCCACCCAAGCCCGCUUCUCCUGGCACCUCCACGCAGCUCGAGAUCAUCCAAGACGUCGUCGGUGAAGUACAGAGCAAGCUUGGCGAGGUGUACCAGGAAGUGAACGCCAUCUCUCGACGCCAGGAUCACUUCAGUUACGCCUUGUUCGCUGCCUUGUUUCUGCUCGUUACGAACCUCCUGAUGCUCUUCGUCGUCAAGAACUGCCAGUCGGCCACCGAGUGGUACUGCUAAGAAAUCCCCGCUGCGUUGUAGACGGCCUGGACACAUCUGAACAGUGUGAACUGCACAGUCCCAAACCAGGGAUGAACUGGCCCAGGCGUUUGGACGAAGACCAACAUGCCUGACCGGGAAAUGUGGAGCGAAAAACAAACACACACACACAGAAGGGAGCGCACCUGCGACACUGCUCACCUAGUCGUUCUUUUCUUUCUUUCUUUUUUUUUUGCUGCCUAUAAAAACUUGGAACUGUCAAAUUUUUUUUUAUUUUUGUGUGUUCAUGCGCACCCCAAAUAAACAUAGACCUGUAUAAAGGUUGUUGACUGUUAACAUGUAAAAUAUGUUCAUGUAAACUUCUUAGGGUAUGAGAUCAAUGUUAUAACACGUUUUUAUUGCAUUGUUUUGGUUGACAUUGUUAUUUGUAAAGGGUGUUUAUUUUCAGAUAUUCUAAUGAGGGCGACGUACAGGAAGGCAUUCGCCGUGUUUUUCUCCCAAUGCCUGAUGUUAGUCGUCCUUAUCUUUAUAUUUGUCUUACGGCAAUGUUUCUAUAUUGAAUAAAGUUUUCUGAAUGUUUUGUCAAGUU